UUAAAACAUGACAACUUGUGCAUUAAUCGUGAACGAGAACGUCCGAUCGUCUCUAUAUACUAUUAAAUAUAUAUAUAUAUAUUAUUAUCUACGUGACACCACAACCAGCAGCAAAAAUGAAAACCUCAGUUGCUAUUCUUUUGACUAUUCUCUCGGUGGCUGCUGCUUCUCCACUGUUCUUUGGUCAUUCAAAAGACGAACACCACGUUAUCCAUGUACCAUACCAUGUACACAAGGUUCCAGUUUACAUCAAAGAACCCGUAUACAUUGAGAAGCCUGUCUACAUAUACAAGACCGUCGAUCAUCACCACGAACAUCACUACCAUCACGAAGACCACCAUGAUGACCACUAUGACCAUGAUGAUCAUUAUGACAGCCAUUAUUGAUAAGGAUAACACCUAAUAAUAAAGACUUUUAAAAGUUAUAGAAUAUAGAUGUUUAUAAAUUCAAGACCAAUUUACUUUUGUAAUAUAAUUAUAAUAGGUCAUGAAUCGUAAACUUAAAGCUCCUUUUUUACCAUGUAAAAUAAUGCCUGUUAUUAAUUAUUUUAUUUAAAUUCCCUAAUGGUUUUGUUUAGUUUAUUGUAGUUUUUAAAUUGUUAUUUUUUCUGCUCUUCACUAAAACAAUUAAUUGUUUUUAUUUGAUUAUUGACUAUUGUGUUUUAUUAAAAUUAAAAUAUUUCAAAAUAUAGUA